GUCUGUCCCGGGCCGGCGGCCCCCGCCAGCCCCCGCCGCCGCCGCUGCCGCCGGCCCCGCCCCCGGGCACCAUGCUGCCCUCGCAGGAGGCCUCCAAGCUCUACCACGAGCACUACAUGCGGAACUCGCGGGCCAUCGGCGUGCUAUGGGCCAUCUUCACCAUCUGCUUCGCCAUCAUCAACGUGGUGGUCUUCAUCCAGCCCUACUGGGUGGGCGACAGCGUGAGCACCCCCAAGCCUGGCUACUUCGGCCUCUUCCACUACUGUGUGGGCAGCGGGCUGGCGGGCCGCGAGCUCACCUGCCGCGGCUCGUUCACCGACUUCAGCACCAUCCCGUCCGGCGCCUUCAAGGCGGCCGCCUUCUUCGUGCUGCUCUCCAUGGUGCUGAUCCUCGGCUGCAUCACCUGCUUUGCGCUUUUCUUCUUCUGCAACACCGCCACCGUCUACAAGAUCUGCGCCUGGAUGCAGCUCUUGGCAGCUCUGUGCCUCGUGCUGGGCUGCAUGAUCUUCCCCGAUGGCUGGGACGCCGAGACGAUCCGGGACAUGUGCGGGGCCAAGACCGGGAAGUACUCCCUGGGGGACUGUUCGGUGCGCUGGGCGUACAUCCUGGCCAUCAUCGGCAUCCUCAACGCCCUCAUCCUCUCCUUCCUCGCCUUCGUGCUGGGCAACCGGCAAACAGACCUGCUGCAGGAGGAGCUCAAGCAGGAAAACAAAGAUUUUGUGGGCUCCACAGUAAGCUCCGUGUUGCGGCCAGGGGGUGAUGUCUCCGGAUGGGGAGUCCUCCCCUGUCCCGUCGCUCACUCACAGGGACCCUGAAGGCCAGGAUCACAGCCCAGGAAUUGACCUGCCCUCAGCUUGUCCUGCCGCCUGCCCCGUCAUCCCUCCAUUCAAGCUCCGAGGGAAGACCCUGAUCUCGGAUGACUUCUCACCUGCUACCUGCCUGUGAGCUCCAGGCUUUGAAGAGAUGGGGCUGGGAUGCAGCCUGGGGGAGGGGAGAGCCCUGCAGACCCUGGGAGGGCCUGGUUCUGCUGGUCCCUCAACUGACCUAGGGGAGCCUGACCCCCGUCCCUUGGGCGUCUCCUCCCUCUCUAGCCUGGCCUGGGGGCCCUGCAGAGUCUCCAGGGGAAGCAGGUACUGUGGUCCCAUUCUCAGGCUCCCUCAGUCUGGAGGGCUGCUGCCUGGCUGCAUCCUCACCUCUGGUCCCUGCCUCCUGCAGAAACUUAUUCAAGACACUGCCCCAGGGCAGAUCAGACUCUUUCCUACUUUAUUUAUUUAUUUUUUGCCAACGAUGGUUCCAUCACAUAGUCACAGAGCUCCAGGAGCCACCAGCCUCCCUGGGGCCUCUCUGUCCCCACUCCAGCUUGCUCCCAGCUCUCCCAAAGGAGUCUGAACUGCACCGAGGGAGAAAACACAGGGCCUCUCUGUCAACUGCUGGAGGGGGCCCUGUUCAGCCCAGAGUCUGGAAAGGACAGACAGACUCUGGAGGCAGCAGGAGGAAGCACUCUGGCUCCUGUGUUGGUGGCACCUGACCAUGGCAGCGGGGGCUGGAAGAGGCUGGGGGGCUGGCCUGGUCUCCUCCCUGCUGGGAUGUCUCACCAGUGACUGGACCCUUGACCCCGGCCUGUUUUGUACAGCACAGACUUCUUGGCCCUGUUGUCAGGGUUGGGGGUUGGGGAGGGGAGCCCGAGAGUGGGCAAUUAGGGGACGCAUCCCCCCUCUGCCCCUUCUCAUGCCCCCCUACCCCGGGCAUCUAACAAGGGCAGAGACUGUCUUGCCUCUUUGAUACUUUUCUGCAUAACUUGAACUUGCAGGUCACCUCUGAACAGGGUACCCCUGUCCCCAUCCCUGGGCCUUGUAACCCUGUCCCCACCUCCUCCUCCUCCUUGCCCACCUCUCGCCUUGCGAUAUGCCCAGGGUCUGCAGCCCAACGGGCAGUGCUUGGAGCCGAGGCAUGAGUGUGUGCGUGCGUGUGUGAGCGGGUGUGUGUGCGCGUGUGUGUGUAUGGGGGCAGAUGAGGAGUCUUCUCUCCCCCCUCCUCCCACUGGGGGGCAUCUCCUUCCCCCUCGGCAGGGAGCAAGUGAGGGAAACUCCAAGUGUUUCUGAACCCUCGCACUGCCUCGUGGACCUGGCGGUACAGCCAUCUGGCCUGGGGUGUGGACAACCCCUUUUGGCCCGUUUGGGCAGCAGGUUGGCUUCAUCUCGUGUGCCUACUUCUGUCUUUGGUACCUGCUGCCUGGUCCCGUGGAGGGGUGUGAGGCUCCUGCAGGAUCAAUGGGGAAGUGUGUUGUCACCACUUCCUUAUGUCGGCCUCAGUCAAAGGAAGGGAGAAAAGCAGAGAGUGCCAUGUAUUUGCCAACCCUGUGUUCAUUUCUAUAGGCCUUGGACCUGAGACUUACGGUUCCCAAGACAGAUCCUAGAAAUCCUCUGCCUGAAUCCCCCAUCUGGACCCUAACUGGAAUCAGAAGCUGGGUCUUGGUAGGAUCCUGAAACCUGGAAAUUACCAAGUCCUGACCCCACCCUUGACUCUCUCCUCUUGGGCAAACACCUUCCCAGCAGUGCUCUGGCCCGGCACUGUGCUGCCCUCUCUCCUGCUCCCAAGCCCCACACUGCAGCCCCAUGACUGGCGCCUUCCCCAGCAGCUGCCCGGGGGGUGGGCUGCACACCAGGGUCCCAGGCCGAAUGGGAGGGUGAGGGCAGCCUUGUGGGAGGGAGUGGGGGGCACAAGUGAUUUCCUCAAAGAUCCAAACCAAAGCCCAAUGUUGGAAGGCUGCAGGGGGAGGGGCUGGGAGCAAGUGAUCAGGAAUGGGGAGAAGGCAGAGGUAGGAGAAAGAGGGUGAAGAGGGAGGUGCAGAGACAGGGAGAGUAAGAGACGGAGAGGAGAGGGCCGAGACAGCACGGAGGAGGAGGAGGGGCACCGAGAGAGACACAGAAAUGGAGAGAGAUGAAGAGUGAACAGAGGGGACUGAGACGGACAGAGAACUUGGGAUGGGGGAGGGGAGGUGGCUGGCAAGAUGGAAGAAGGAAUAGGACAAGGAAGGAGGCAAAUGGAGAGAGACGGGCUGUGGGAGGCCAAACUGGGAUGCAGGGGUCAAAAGAAAGGGGAAGGAGAGGAUAGAGACGGGACCCGAGGCAUCGGGGGGGCAGCUGCUGUGUGUGCAAUGUGCAAGGGGAGAGCUUGUCACCCAAGGAUGCCUACCACCCAAGGGAGCCGCCAGAUCCCUGUGCCCUGGUGGAGAGGUUAGACCCUACCCCCCUCAGAGGCCGAGGCCCACGUGCGGGGCCCAGGCAGCCAACCCCCAACCCCUUGUGGAGGGGGCGCCACAUCAGGGGAACUGAGCCCAAGUGAUUGCUGAGAGGGUCAGCACAACUGGAGUGGGUUAGUGGUCGAGAAGAGGGAGGUUAAUUCCCUUUGGGGCAGACUGACAGUGUUUCCAUGUCACCACUCACCCAGCCAGCUGCUGCCCUGGCUGAAGAAGGGGCAGCCUGGCGAUGCCAGGAGUUUGGGGUCCAGUAAGCAGGGUUGGAUGAGCUGAAAGGACGCUAGGGUAACAGAGGGAUGGGAAAGAGAUUGGAGUGCAGGCCAAACCGCAGCCCUGUCCCUGAGGCUUCAGCAGAGGCAGGAGCAGAGCGCAUAACAUACUGCAGCCAGGGGCCCCGGCUGAGGCCGAAGCAUCACCAAGCCUGAGGCCCAGAUGGCAGCCAUCAUGGCAAGGGACGGUUUGUAGGCAGGUGAUUUGGCUCUAGCCUUCGGGACUAGAGACUGAAGACAGAUGGUCUGUUCCUUGGUCCUUGAAAGAAGCUGAGCCUUGAGUGGCCCACCGAGGCACUCCUCCCCCAGGUUGACUGGAUCAGAGGGCUCUGGCACUAUCUGGUUUUCUCUGCCUUGGUCUGGGGACUCUUUCAUGACAAGCCAAAGCAGCCACAACCUAGAGGUGGUUUGGAGCACCGGGUGGUCAAGUCUUUCCCGGUCUCCGGGAUGUGAGAACUUUCCUCUUUGGGGACGGGUGGCCAGGGAGGAAGACAUUGUUUUCCUGAGGGGUGACGACUAUGGAUAGGAUCAAGAUCCUUUCCAGGCCUGGACUAGCCAAGAUGUUGAAAGCUUUCAGACCAGGCUGUGGAGGAAACCUACUUGGCCUUCUUUUGAGGGCACAGGGGAUCACCCUUCUCCAGCUUCCAGCGUGAACUGAGAAAGGGAAACCCUCUCUUUGGAAAAGCUGGGAUCUUCCCAGCACAAGAAACUUCUGUAGGCCCCUGCCUGGCUCAGGGCUAGCCUUUGGGUGGGACUGGAGUUUCCUGAGAAGGGAACAAGGGAGCCACAGUCCUUCCCAGAGCUCUGGCCAGCAGACCUCAGAGCACCUGUGCUGUGUGUCAUUAGGAUAGCUUGGUGGUGUCUACACCCCAUCAGUAAGUUCUGUCUGAAUGUGUCCUUGCUGCUCAUUGUCCAAUUUGGUAACAUUUAUUUUGGUCCUGACCCCUUCUGCUGCUGCUGGAUUUGAGCUUCAGUGCAGGUGGAAUGACGUUCAAAUAAAGAAACACUUUAUAUCACCCA